CGCCGCCUGAGUUCGGCCCCAGCCCAGGCUCGGCGGCCGCCUCAGACAGAGCGCGAUGGCUCUGAUCGGAGAAGAGGACUACACCUAUAUUUACAACGAUCUUUCUCACCCUGUGGACUUCCUGCAGGCUUUCAGAACAUUUUACCGGGAUGGCUUAUUUACUGACAUUACUCUUCAGUGUGCGUCUGGUGUGAUCUUCCUUUGCCACAAAGCUGUUUUAGCUGCUUGUAGCAAUUAUUUUAAGGCAAUGUUCACAGCUGACAUGAAAGAAAAAUCUAAAAAUCAGAUCAAACUUCCUGGGCUCAGCCACACUAUAUUGGAGGAUCUUGUGAAUUAUGCAUACACAUCACAAAUCCAAAUAACAGAGAGAAAUGUUCAAAGUCUCCUCCAAGCUGCGGAUCUACUCCAGUUUGUGUCAGUAAAGAAAGCCUGUGAGCAGUUUCUGGUAAGGCAUGUAGAUACUGUCAACUGCAUAGGGAUGCACUCCUUCGCAGAGUAUCACCUUUGUUCAGAGCUAGAGAAAGAAUCUAGGAGGAUAUUGUUAUCAAGAUUUGAAGAAGUGUGGAGGCAGGAAGAAUUUCUGGAUAUCAGCUGUGAGAAACUCCUGUUUAUUCUCUCCAGAGAGAAUCUCAAUGUUUGGAAAGAAGAGGCAGCCAUAGAACCUGUAGUUAAAUGGAUAGCAUAUGAUGUGGAGAAAAGAAUUGAAUGCAUUUUUGAUCUGCUGAACUGCCUCAAAAUAGAUUUAAAUGAAAUAUAUUUAAGAUCAGCCUUAAGCUUACGAAAGAAAUACCAGCUUAAUGAAAACAAGAUAAGGUCUCUGAUAUACAAUGCAUUAAACACCAACCCAAAAGACAUUUCCAAAAGGCCCACAGCAGCUAUGUAUGUGAUUGGAGGAUAUUACUGGCAUCCUUUAUCAGAAGUCCAUGUGUGGGAUCCUUUAACUAAUGCUUGGAUACAGGGAACGGACAUGCCUGAUCACACAAGGGAGAGCUAUGGGGUCACUAGUUUGGGACCCAACAUUUAUGUAACCGGGGGCUAUAGAACUGACAACAUAGAAGCCCUUGAUAUUGUGUGGAUAUAUAACAGUGAAACUGACCAAUGGACAGAAGGCUGCCCCAUGCUUAAUGCAAGGUACUAUCAUUGUGCAGUUACCUUGGGCGGCUGUGUCUAUGCUUUGGGGGGCUACAGAAAAGGGGCUCCAGCACAAGAAGCAGAAUUCUAUGAUCCUUUAAAAAAGAAAUGGGUUCCCAUUGCAAACAUGAUCAAAGGUGUUGGAAAUGCCACAGCCUGUGUCCUGUGUGAAGUCAUCUAUGUAAUUGGAGGCCACUAUGGUUACAGGGGAAGCUGCACCUAUGACAAAAUUCAGAGCUACCAUUCAGGUAGCAAUGAAUGGAGAAUAGUCACUACAAGUCCACAUCCAGAAUAUGGAUUGUGUUCCAUUGCCUUACAAAACAAGCUCUAUCUUGUGGGUGGACAAACCGCAAUCACUGACUGCUAUGACCUAGAACAAAAUGAAUGGAGGCAGAUGGCGCAUACGAUGGAAAGAAGGAUGGAAUGUGGUGCAGUUGUCAUGAAUGGAUGCAUCUAUAUAACAGGAGGAUAUUCCUAUUCAAAAGGAACAUAUCUGCAAAGUAUUGAGAAAUACGAUCCUGAGCUUAAUAAAUGGGAAGUAGUCGGCAAUCUUCCCAGUGCUAUGCGUUCACAUGGUUGUGUCUGUGUGUACAAUGUCUAACACAAUCUGAAUAUUAUAUGUCUGUUGCAAUAGAUAAGCAAUUACAGUAUCUGUACCAGUACAGAUUACCUCUUCAGCAAUGUAUUUAAUACAACCCAUCACUCACAUUUAAUAUAAAUCUGUAUACAAACCUGUAUUUAUUAAAAUUCACUUCAUAUAAUAUAAACGCGGUGACAAUACUUUUGUAUAAUUUCAUUUUCAAAAUAAAUUUACCAGUUAUUGUUUGUCAAAAAGGUUUACAAAUCAUCUUUACAAAAUUACUCCUUAUAUGUCCACAGGAAGUAUAUGUAAAAAGACUAAGUUGUAUUAAUUAACCACUGGAGGGAACCAUGCUCAAGGUUUUGUCACAUUGCUAAGAGGACUAAAAAACAAAAGAUUUUGCACUUCUAUGGACUGCUUGGUUUUCAAGUGAAACAUUUAAUAAUUUGAAUGUGGCUAUUAAUACUUAUUGUUUAGUGACUGUCACAAGCUGAUUGACUUGUUAGGAUAUUUUGCUAGUCCGCUUUCAAAUCCCCAUACAAAACAUAGGUAGAAGGCGUUUGCCCUAGUGCUCUAGAAGUAAAAUAAUGCUCUAUGAUACUAAAGAUUCAAGUUUGAGACAUGUGGUCAUUCCUUUAUUCCUGUAUUGAAAAGGCACUUAGGGAGU